CGGACCCGCCGGGCCGGGCAGGGGCAGGGCCGGGCCGGGGGCCCCGACACGCUCCAGGCCCCGGGAAGGGCCGGGUUGGGGGCCCCAGCACGCUCCGGGCUCCGGGAAGGGCCGGGCCGGGGGCCCCGGGCCGCAGCUCCCGGACGGCCGAGCCGGGAGCGCCUCAGGUGGAAGAUGGGAGUGUUUCCCUCGUGUUUUAGGUGAAACCUGCUUGCCAUGAAGUCCUGAGGGAGAUAGAGGGACUGCAGCGGGAAUUCCUUCUCCAAAACAAACCCAACAACUGCCUGAUGGGAUUGCCUCUCUGCCUGGCGUCAUGGGGAGCUGCUGCAGCUGUCUGUGCACAGACAGCAUCCCAGACAACCACCCCACCAAAUUUAAGGUGACCAACGUGGACGAUGAGGGGCACGAGCUGGGCUCGGGGGUGAUGGAGCUGACGCAGAGGGAGCUCAUCCUGCACACGCACAAGCGCGACGCCGUCAGGUGGCCCUACCUGUGCCUGCGCCGCUACGGCUUCGACUCCAACCUCUUCUCCUUCGAGAGCGGCCGCCGCUGCCACACCGGGCAGGGGAUUUUUGCCUUCAAAUGCUCCCGAGCAGAAGAAAUCUUCAACCUGCUGCAGGAGCUGAUGCAGUGCAACAGCAUCAACGUGGUGGAAGAGCCCGUGGUGAUCACCAGGAACAGCCACCCCUCGGACCGGGAGCCGGCCCGGAGCCCCCAGCCACCCACCACUCUGGGCUACACUGGACUUCCCAAUGGAUUUCACAGCUUCCCUGGAGAAUCCCUGUCCUACUCUGCAGCCCGGCACCCCUCAGUGAGCAGCCUGAGACAUUCCUCUGUGGGGGAAGACUCAACUCACCCCCUCCUGGGCCCUGAGGAGCAGUCCCACACCUACGUCAACACGGCCACCGGGGAGCCGGAGCCGAGGGGCCGGCACUGUAUGCACUCCUUGCCUGAAGCCCACCCUCCUUUCCCCCCUAGGAACCACAGCUGCUCCCUGGAAGACCGAAACCCCCAGGUCUUCCUGCAGCCUGCAGGGGAGGUGAAAUUCGUGCUGGCUCCCACCUCCGGCUACCGCCGGCUGUGCCGGCAUCCCCGGGAAUGCCGGGCGCACCUCUGCCCUCCCAACAACAACAACAACGAGUGUCAGGAGGGGUGUCCAUCCCCUCAGUGCAUCUACGAGAACCUCAACGGGCUGGUGGCCCCCAGCACCUCAUCCCUGUGCCGGGCCGGCCGCUCCAAAGUGUCCCGGGAGGACGGGAGCUGCUCCCAUCGCCGCUCGGCGCUGCUGCACUACGAGAACCUGCCGGCGCUGCCGCCGGUGUGGGAGCUCCAACCGGCCCGGCACAGGGACGAGGACGCUGGCACGGCAGCCACGCCAUCCCCCAAUGGCUUCUCCGAGGCUGGCGAGGAGGAGCCCCUGCAGAAUUCCCUGAGCUCGGAGAGCGCGGCCCUGCAGCCUCGCCGCUCCUUCCUGCCCAGAGCCCGGCGCAGCCGCCUGCCCAACGUCUUCAGCUUCGACUUCCCCCGGCCCUGCCCGGAGCCUCCACGGCAGCUCAACUACAUCCAGGUGGAGCUGGAGCCUGAGCCCUGCAAGGGACAGCAGGACCCCCGGGUGCCACCCCCUGCCAGCCCCGGUGGCCGCCACACCGACUCGUACGCCGUGAUUGACCUCAAAAAGACGGCGGCCAUGUCCAGCCUGCAGCGGGCACUGCCCAGGGACGAUGGCACCUCGAGGAAAACGCGGCACAACAGCACUGACCUGCCCCUGUGAGGGGCCCCAAGUGCCAGCCCCGUGUCGUGGCUUUGGUCCCUGCCCCUCGCUGUGCCCUGCCCCGUGUGGCUCCCAUUCGCCAUUGUUCGCCCAUUCCCUGGGGGGGCUGCUGCUGUUGAGGUUCGUCUGUCCCUCCGUCCUCCCCUCUCUGUGUCGCUCGUUUUUCAAGCCUUGUGGGAUGUUUGGUGACUCUGAGGGUUGAACUCCGGGCGGGAGGUGCCAGCAGUGACGUGGCACCGCCUGGGGUGGGGCAGAGCUGAGCCAGAGCUGGGCAGUGCCAUGGGCGAGUGCUCCCAAAACCGAGCGGCUUUAGGAGCUCCGUGCCAAUCGAGCCUGUUUCCUGUGGAUGUCACACCUCCAGGAGAGCUCCAGGAGGCCACUCCAGAGCUGGGGUUUGCCUUGUGGUUCCAGAGGUCCCUGGAGACGACGGAGCUCACGCCGCCGUGGCCUUUCCACCCUCAGCUCACUGUUCCCUGUGUUCCUGAAGCUUUUUAUCCUUCUGUCCCUGUCUCAGAUUCAAUUUAAAUUGGGCAGCUGCAAUUCAGCGAGGAGGACACAGAGCCAUGGGCACUCACUGUGAUCACAGAAACCUGAUUGCCUAAAUCCUUAAAAUUCCCUUCCCUGCUUUAGGAGAGGAGGGAAAGGCCACAACCAUGAAGGAGGUUGGAAGUUUGGUCUAGAAAACUUCACUUGUGCCAUACCCUGCUUUGUUUUUUUGGAGGGUUCUUUUCGGCAGCUGCUGAGAAGUGUUGUGGAUUUAUUUAUUUGUUUACUUAUUUAUUUAUGAACUGCUCCUUCGCAUCCCAGUUUGUUGCCAAACUGGUGCCAGUCCGCAGCGUGUGCUCGCUGGGGCUCGCUCCUGCUUGGGGGACAGGUCCCAAAAGAUCUCGGUGGCUUUGCUCAGCCACCAACUGGGGGGAAAACACUGUGGAAAAGAGCAGCUGGGAAUCAGGAAUUUAUGAACUCGGGCCUGACUGUCACGGGGUGGGUGGGAAAUGGAAUGGGAGACGUGGGAGUGGGAGUGGAGCCGCCGGGCAGCCGAGCUUGGAGUGGCAUCAAAGUCGUUGCCUACACCCACACGCCUGGCUGGGGUUGGGAGCAGCCUCUGUUCGGUGUUGGGAGUGAAUGUGCAGAUUGUUCCCUCAACUACGGACCUGGAAGGGCUAAAAUUUCGGGUAAAUUUGUGGCCUUUUGCUGUGGAUUUUUGUCUCGAUGCCGGGGCUGCGCUGAGCUGCCCCGGGAUGUCCCCCCGCCCCUCCCCGCGGGACACGCGGCGGCGGCUCGGCCCUUCCCUGGAUUUCUGUGUGCCUGUUCCGAUGGAGAGCAGCGCUCUGGGUGCUCUGGAGCCUCACCUCCUGCUGGCUGUGUCCGUGUUCCUCCCGGGACAGGAGCUGGAUCCGUGCCCAGCGAGGGUCCUGCUGCCUGCAGAGACGUUGCCAAGCCUCACGUCCCCCUCGUCCUUUGGUGUUUCCCGGUGUUGACGUCCAUGGAAGAGGAAAGAACCCCAUCCCUCAGCUCCAAGCUGCUUCUGAGAGCCAGGAGCUUGAUUCCCAGGGUUUGGAAGUUCAGCCUUUUUUUUCUUUUUUGGUUUUUGGUGCUGUCAUGUCCUAUUGAGCCGUGACCCUGUCGGGAGCGAGGCCACGUGUCCCAAGUCUGAGUGGUGCCAUGUUUGUGUCGCAGAACGUGGAGUUCUUAGCUUGCUGUUGCACUAUAAAUUCCAGGUGUGCCACAUGCUUCAA